AUGACCAUCCGCAAGCACAAUCCGUGGGAGGAAGACGCCACCAUCUCAGCGUUGAUAUCGCUACCGUCGAGAGACCUGUCUCUGUUCGCUCGCUCUUCCGGGCCAGCACGUUGUCCUGGCGACCCCGUAGCCAUCCUCUUCACGGGCGCAGGCGGACCCCUCGCAACCUAUGUCAAGGUGGAACAGCACCUCAGUACGUUCGUCAGGACGCUCUUCUACGACAGGGCCGGCUAUGACCUCAGCACGCUACCCUCCAAUGCCGAGCCCUUGACAGCCGAAGACGGGGCAAGGGACCUCGAUGCACUCCUCGACAAGAUCAAUGUCCCUCCACCGUAUCUGCUCAUCGGACAUUCGUAUGGAGGAAUCCCACUGCGAGAGUUCCUGCGCCAUCAAUUGGUCAAAUACCGGCCAGGAAGAGCCACUGAGAUCAUAUCUUGGGUGGUGCUAUAUGACACAAGUGGAGAGCUGGCAUGGGCAUUGUUCCCGCGCAUCCCGAGUGCCGACCUCACUGCUGUAUCCCAGGAUGUGCACUGGGAGGAGCUCACCAAUCUUAGAGCCGAGUCUGGCAUGACCGACGAGGAAUGGAAUGCUGCGAUCCAAGCUAGUAUGCGGACGAUCAAGGGUGUCAAGAGAGAAGACACCCAUGGGAGUGCAAGGACGUUGGCGAAGAAGAGGCAGCUUGAAGAGCACACCUACCAUGGGGGGAAUCUUGGCCGUGAUAAGGUGUAA